AUGGCCUUUGCUGCUUCCCUGGCCGAGCUCCAAGCAGAGGCCAGCUGUCCCAUCUGCCUGGAUUACCUGAGAGACCCAGUGACCAUUGCCUGUGGGCACAACUUCUGUCCCUUCUGCAUCCACCAGCGCUGGGAAGGUCUACAGGGCACCUUUCCCUGUCCUGUCUGCCUCCACCACUGCCCUGACAGGAGCUUGGAGAGGAACACCCAAUUAUGUCACAUUACUGAGAUUGUUCAGCAGAUCCCCACCUCAGGGAGCCAGAGGAAAUUGCAAGAAGACAUACCCCUGUGUGGGAAGCACCAUGAGGUUCUCACCCUGUUCUGUGAGAAGGACCUGGAGCUGUUGUGUGCCCAGUGCAAGGGCUCCUUAGACCCCCAGGAUCAGCCCCUGAUCCCCAUUGAGGAAGCUGCAGCUAGUCAGAGAGGGAUGCUCAAAAGGUAUAUGGCAACCCUCCCUAGUCACUUCGAAAAUGUUGAAAAGGCAUAUGACAGCCAAGUUGCAAAUACUUGUAAAGUGAAGGAAAAGAUGGGAAAAUGGAGGGAGGAAUUUGACUAUGAAUGUAAAGAACUUAACUCUUUCUUGGAAAUAGAGUUCGAUGAAAUUGAUAACCAUCUGCUUAGAGAAGAGAAUGAUGUUGCAGAAAAACUAAUUGAAAAUGGAAAGCAAAUUUCAUACCAUAUGUUCAGGCUAAACAUUCUGUUAAGUGAAAUAGAAGAGAAGUGUUUGCAGACACACCUGGGUUUACUCACAGGUAUUGAAAGGAUCCACAACAGCUAUGGAAACCUAGAGACCCCAGCAGUGUUUUCAUGUGAAUUACCGAAGGAGAUUUUCACUCUCCCCCCACACUACUUGGGCCUGCAUAAAAUGAUCCGUAUAUUUCAGGUAGAUUUGACACUGGAUCCUGAAACUGCCCAUCUAAGUCUCAUUAUCUCAAGAGAUAGAAAAAGUGUGACAUAUUGUACAGCAGAUGGUCUUCCUAAUCCCCAGGCACUUACUUCUUACGCAGCUGUCCUGAGUUCUGAGGGAUUUGAUGCUGGCAGGCAUUUUUGGGUGGUAAACAUAGGAGGCACAGGUUUAUAUUACUUAGGUGUGUGUAAAGCAUCUUUCCCCAGAAAUACUUUCAUAUCACCAUCAGCAAGCAACGGAUGCUGGCAACAUCAGCUCUGUAAUCAUACUGGACAACGGAAAAUUGGCGUUUUUCUGGACUAUGAGUUGGGAGAGGUUUCAUUUUAUAAUUUGAAUAACUGGACAUACAUGUUUAGAAUCGCUGAUACAUUUACAGAAAAAAUUAUUCCUUAUUUCUCCAUUGCAUCUUCUUCAGAAUCUCUUUCAAUCAGUAUCAGCAGAGUCUACGAUGACAAUUUGUAUGAAAUUUUGUAUGUGCUUAUUUCCUCCCAUGUUAUUUAA